GUUGUAGGUCAUGUGACAGAUCAAAAUGUCGAACACAGAAAAGCAUGAUAUGAUGAUAACAGCGAAGACAUUUUUGUAUGUUUGGUAGUGUGUGGAUAUAGAUGGAAGAUAAACAUCGAGCAAGUUUUAUUCAUAAAGUGCUUCGUAUGGAUUCUCCCACGACAGACAAUGAGAGCGGUGGUGGAUCAGAGGGGGUGGAGAAAUUUGUCCUGGCAGUGGAUAUAGGUACCACGAGUCUCCGGAGCCACAUAUAUAACAAGCAAGGCAACAUAAAGGGUGCCAGUAGCAAACGGAUACAAUUACUUCACCCGCAGCCUGGCUGGGUGGAAAUGGACCCAGAUGUUCUCGUGAAACAGGUCAUUGACAGUAUCAAAGAAUCCAUUCAUGCUGCCGGGAUAACUGUUCAUGACGUUUCCUGUAUGGGAAUAACCACACAGAGAAAUACAUUCCUGACCUGGGAUAAGACAACUGGGAAACCAUUUCAUAACUUCAUCACCUGGCAGGACUUACGAUCAAGGGACAUUGUCAAAUGCUGGAACAGCUCAUUCAGAAUGAAAGCUUUGAAUAAUGGUUCUUCAGUCCUACACAUGCUGACCAGACAAAAAAGGUUCUUAUCUGCAAGUGUGCUGAAAUUUAUGUCACAACAGGUUACAAUGAGGUUGAUAUGGGUUUUAGAAAAUGUUGAAGAGGUAAAAGCCAAGUUAGCUGUUCAGGAAGUUUGCCUGGGUUGUAUAGAGACAUGGUUGUUGUACAAACUGACCAGAGAAAAGCUGAUAGCCACAGACUUUUCGUGUGCGAGUGGAACGGGGUUGUUUGAUCCAUACCAGUUUGAAUGGAGUAACAUUGUUUGUAACUUGCUAAACAUUCCCAUGGAUAUUUUACCAGAGAUCAGAGAUACAAGUGGAGAUUUUGGAAGCACAGAUCCAGCAAUAUUUGGGGCAGCCAUUCCAAUAACGGCAGUUGUGUCCGACCAAACUGGAGCAUUGUUUGGGGAGUGCUGCUUUGAAGUCGGAGAUAUCAAGUGCACCAUGGGAACAGGAACGUUCAUCGAUUUGAAUUGUGGAGACACACCACAUGCUUCUGUGGGAGGUCUCUACCCGAUAGUAGGCUGGAAGAUUGGGAAUGAGAAAACGUUUGUGGCAGAGGGGAGUAUAACAGAUACAGGGUCAAUCAUGGAAUGGGCCAAAUCACUAGGUUUUGUUGAUGACAUAGGUGAUACAGCCAAGAUAGCACAAAGUGUUCCAGAUAGUGAUGGUGUGUAUUUCGUCGGGGCAUUCAGCGGCUUACAGGCUCCUAUUAAUGAUGAUAAAGCUGUAACUACCUUGAUAGGCCUCAAACCCACCACAACGAAGGGCCACAUAGUACGGGCGCUCUUAGAAAAUUUAGCCUUCAGGGUCAAAAUACUCUAUGAAACCAUUUUGUCUGAGACGAAGAUUCCUCUGUCCCACAUCAGGGCAGAUGGGGGAGUGUGCAAUAAUGACUUUCUCAUGCAGCUUAUAGCUGAUUUCACCAAUCAGACAAUUGAUCGGGCCAAGCAACGGGCCAAUAUGACGAGUCUCGGGGCAGCAUUCUUAGCUGGGCUAGCCAAAGGCAUUUGGAAGAACAAGUCGGAAUUGAGAGAUAUCCGGGAAUCGGAAACUGUCUUUGUAGCUGACAAAGACGUAUGGUCAACCUACAAGGGUAGAUUUGUUCAGUGGGAAAAGGCAGUGCAUCGAUCCCGGGAGUGGUACAGCUAACAACAUCGAUCACGGGAACGAUACCGCUUAGAACAUCAAUACAGGAAGUGAAACAUCAGUACAGGAAGUGGAACAGCUUAGAUCAUCAAUACAGGAAGUGGAACAGCUUACAACAUUGACACAGGAAGUGUACACAUGUAUGUUGCUAUGCUUCAGCUGAAAAUUAGAAACAUUUCUUCACUUCUGAAAAUCUUCUGGGAGCUGUAUUUUCAUAAGAUCAAUGUUGUCAACAAAUUUUUACAAGCGGUAGAGAUAUUAUUGGUUACAUAAUUAUGGAUUAUGUAUAUUGGGUUAGGGUAUUAUGGCACAUAUUAAAUGUUAGACUUUUUGGCAGAUGAUGAAAAAUUGUCAAGGUAAACUGCCAGUAUUUCCAUUCAUAUGAAUUAUAGUUUUAUGAGAAUUCACCAAAACAAAACAAAGAGAGCAGAUAUCUAAAUCUGGUUUCGAAAAAAUCUGCUAAAUAUUUCCAACAGCCAAUUGAGUUACAUAUGGCAUUCAUUAUGUGUCAGAAACUACCUGAAAAUAAAAUCCUUGAGAUCUGGAUUUAUGGUUCUUGAUGACCUGUGUUGAUUGUUUAUAAAAAGAAAACGGAAUUUGAUGUUGAAAGUACUGAUCAUACUGAUCAUUUUACAAUUUGUUGAGUUUAUAAAGUUUGUAUUCAGUGAAAAAAAUGUUAUAUUUUUAUACAGAUGUGUCAAUUGUUUACUAUAUGACCCACCCUGCUGAAUAUUUAAUUAUUUUGUUUUAUAUUUAUACAUUGGUAUGUCAUGAUAUACAUUUACAGGUGCAAGCUUUCUGUAUAUGAUAUUAAAGGUAAAAAAUAUUGUUGUAUUAAGAUUUUCAACAUAAAGUCACGACAUCAUGGAGACUGAAGUGCCAAAAACUCUGUGAUUCUGUGUGUAGAUUUCAAAUUAUUGUCUGUGCCAUUGAAAGAGAAUAAAGAUAUUUUCAUGAACAUGUACUCGACAUGUGCUACAUUAAUUGGCAGGGGUCCACUCAAUCAUUGCUGCUCUCAUUUCAUGUAUGAAACCAGAAUGUGCCAUAAUAUGAUUUUUUUUAAAGACCAGCUUCCAUUUACCUACUUUGUAGACUUAAAGCUUACAUGUACCUAUGGAUUUAGCAAUAUAUCAAGGAGGAUGAACCUAAUUUGAAUUUUUAGCCCUUUGUGCAGAAACCUGCACAUGUACUCAAAAUGUGGUUGUUGUGGCAUGUUAUCAAUAUAUUUAAAUAAGUAAAUGUAUUUUGUUUUGCAUAGUGAAGCAUUGUAACAAUUCUGCACCAUCACUGAAAUUUUUUUAGGUGGUAGGGGGGAAAUAUGAUAUUACACUUUGUCGUGUAUCUGUCAAUAAGAGUUUCCGACCUCUUGAGAGUGCUUUUACUGCAGUUUGAUCUUUGACCUUUAGUUUCAUCUGAUCCAUGACCUUUCAUUAGUCAGGUCCUUGACCUUUUGUUAGUUUGAUUUAUGACCUUCAAUAGUUUGAUCCAUGACCUUUUGACCAUUAGUUAGUCUGGUCCUUGACCUUUAGUUAGUUUGAAUUGUGUUUGGAACUACCAGACAUCACUAUUGUUAAGAGUAAUGUAUGAAAAUGUGUAUCAUUUUAAAUAAAGUUACAGAACUGAUUUUUUUUUUUUGUAUAUGGAAAGGCAAUGUAUUAGCCUUAAAUAUACAAUUCAUAAUCAUGAAGAUGCGAUAUUACCUUCAAUAAAGACCAGGUGAGAUUAACGAAAGCAUAAACCUCAAGCUCUCAGUGCAUAGAGGUCAGUGGUGUUUAUAUUCACAGGGAAAGUCCUUGCUGUCAUUCAUUUAUAAUGUACUUCAUUAUGAACAGAGUGCUUCAUUAUGAAUAGAAUACCUGAACAUGUAAACAGUGUACUGACAUAAUUUUAGAGGAAGGGGGGGUUAGGGUUAUCUGCAAUAUCGAAUAAUUCGGAAUAUUUUGAUAUCAUUAAAUAAAAAAAAUUCUAGCCAGGCAAAAUUAGAGAGGCUGUACAUUAUUAUUAUUGCCUUUACAAUAAUAUAUACCUGUGUAUUCUCUCCUAGAUGUUGUGAGAAUGUCCUCGCUAAUAAAGGUUUUGUCGUCUUGAGAGAGAGAUUUGAAGACGUAUAGCUGUGAUUUAUGAAUUUUGUCCCGGGAUUACAAUGUAUCAACAUGCAGUAGCUAGUGAUUAGGCCAAGUAAAAUUAAUUAGUUGAUUAUCAUUCCCGCCCGCCCCUCGAAAAUCGCCGUGCCCCGAUUUUUUUUAUUUUUCAAAAUUACGAUUUCCGGAUAUUUUUAUGUCCGGUCCGGUAUCGUACCUUGUUUCACUUUGCCUUUUAGAAACCCAAAUGCACAUGUAAUUGUGAUUUAUAAAGCCUUUUCUCAAUGAGAGAAGGCAUUUUCGAGGUCAAGAAUACCAUGGCGAAAAAUAAAAAAUAAAAUCCUCCCACCUGCCCCAUUCUUUUGUGAAGUUUGAAUGAUAAUCUACUAAUUAAUUUUACUUGGCCUUACUGGUACUAUCGUUAAAAUGCUAUUUCAAGCUUCAUCACAUUCGCAAGUCAUUGUAACAUUAGAAUUACGUAGUAAAUAAAGUCAAUCACUCUGAA